AUGUCUAAAGGAACAGUUCUGCUGUUAAAAGAUAAAGCCUCAUUCGAACCAAUUAAAAUUCACCAAAGUACAACUUAUGACAUAAAUGAUAGUACACAACAAUUUUCAGACGAGUAUGAAAUUAAAUUAGCCACACUUUCAUAUACCAGUAUUUUUUUACCGGUAUUAUCACAUGUUUUUGUUAAUGUAGAAGAAUUAUCAAAAAUACUAACACAUGGACCCGAAAAAAAGUAUUGGGGAUUUAUUGCAACUAGCCAAAAAGCUGUUAAAGGGUUAAAGCUUGCUUGGAACAAUUCGUUCAACGAUGUUACUGAAGCAGGUUCUUUUGGCAGAGAAAAAACUUUAUGGAAAAGUUUACCAUUUUUUGUGGUAGGCAAAGCAACAGCAAAAGCAGCAGAUGAUCUGAAUCUUAAUACAUUGGGAUUAAAAUCGGGCAAUUCAGAAUCUCUUGCAGAAUAUAUUAUUCAAUUUCAUGGUGAGAGUAAUCCAACCGCAUUGCCCCUCUUAUUUCUAACGGGUGAUAAACGUCUGGAUAAGCUUCCAACACGAUUAUCAGAAGCUGGAAUAAAACUGGAAGAAUUAUUAGUCUAUGAAACAAGACCUUAUGGAAACUUUUCCACUGAAUUGGAGAAUAUUGUCAAAAAAAAUAGACAAAUAGAUUGGAUUGUAUUCUUUAGUCCAAGUGGUGUAGAUGUAGCAUUGGAAAAUUUAAUGAAAUUGGACUUAUGGAAGACCGUAAAGAUUGCAUGUAUUGGAAAAACUACAGGAGACUAUCUUGAGAAGAACGGUAUAAAAGUUCAUGUAAUAUCUCCGAGACCCGAGCCUGAAAGUUUGACAUGUAGUAUUAAUGAAUAUACGCCAUAA